CUCACAAAAAAAUAAAACAGUAAAAUAUAUGUAAGUGUACAACUGUACAAGUCAAGUUGAUCUACGAUUUUACUAAUUCACCAAAGUAUUUGUCCGAUGGAAAAUUAAAUUUAAAAAACAUCCAAAUAUCAGAAACUAAAACAACCUAACUUUAUAAUUUGGGGUCUCUGAAAACCACUAUAAAUUUCUGGCUACAACCGAUCCCAACAACCUCACCAACAUUCUCAUCUCUUCUUGGUUGGAAUACAAAAACAAAAGAAAUGCCCGCGCCCCUUGUGGUUCCUCUCUAUCUCUUUAUCUUCUUCUUUUCAGCUAUCAAUGUUUCCGGCGCCGGCGAGGCGCCGACGGAGGAUAACCCCUUUACUCCGAAAGCUUUCCUAAUUCGUUACUGGAAUAAAGAGGUGAGUAAUGACCUGCCAAAGCCCACUUUUCUGUUCUCCAAGGUCUCCCCCUUGACCGCGGUGCAGUCGGCAGCCUUCGCCAAACUCGCAGCCCAAAAUGCACUCUCCUCCCGCCUCCCCGAGUUCUGCUCCGCCGCAAACCUGCUCUGCUUCCCCGAUUUGUCCCCUAGUUUGGCCAAGCCAUGGUGUGCUUUUCUUUCCUUUUUCGACUGAAAUCCCAAUGGAUUAAAAAAUAUAUAUUUUUUCCUUUUUGUUUUACCGUCUCCCAGUCCGAACUUGGCUUCUGGAAGAAGGGUGAAUGUGAUGGUUGCAAGUUAGUGUUGUUUAAAAUUCGUGGAAGAAAUGGAAGGGAAUUUCAUGGGAAUUCGAAUUACAAGUUAAUGAAUGUGUGAGGAGAGAGAGGUGGAAGUAAAUAAAGGGGAGAAAGCAAUUGUUUUGUUUGUGCGAAAAGAUGAGAUGUUGAUGAGGUGGUCCUGUAGCCAUGUCUAUGUGCCUCGUCCCUCCGCUGCUUUGUUGUGUUGUGAGGGAAAUGCCAUAACACAGCUCACACUCUCUUUUAAACUUAAACUACUCUUGUCUUUUCUUUC